UGAUCAAAGAGGAGGAGACAUUACGUUUGAACUAAGCGCGCUGCUUCGCUGUUAUCGGGAGCUCAAAACUAAACCAAAAACAAACCAUUUAAUCAUGGUUAUGGCGUUUAAUUGAACAAAUUCGUGUGAAUAAGGACCUUCAACCGUCUCAGCGUCAUCUGGAUCAACAAUGCCCAUUCGCGCAUACUGCACCAUCUGCUCGGAUUUUUUUGAUAAUUCCAAAGAUGUGGCUGCAAUUCACUGUGGUCACACUUUUCAUUAUGUCUGUCUUCUCCAGUGGUUUCAGUCGGCCCCAAGCAAAACCUGUCCACAAUGCAGGAAACAGGUCAGCACGCGACACAUUAUCAACAAGCUGUUCUUUGACAUAGCCCCAGAGGAUGAUGGGACGCCAGUGGACCCCGAAAGUUUACAGAAUGAGCUUGAUCGCAUGAAAGCAGUAUUGUCUGUAAAAGAGAAAGAAUGGAGGGACAAGCAGAAGUCAGUGGACACUCUAAAAGACACAAUAGAGAGGCAGAAGAAGGACCUGGAUAGAGUCCGGAAGGAAAUCGGAGACAAAGAGAUGUUGUGUUCUGUCCUCCGGAAACAGAUGAAUUUCUUGGAGAGUCAGAAAAAUGAUGGACAGGCAGCCAAGGAGGAAGCCAAGCGACUCAGAGUCAAAAUGAAAACCUAUGAGAGUUUAGAUGUGGUCCUACAGGGUCAAAGGUCAGAGGUGGAGGCUAUGAUCACUGAUAUGGGUGUUGGUCAGUCUGCAGUUGAACAGCUCUCCAUAUACUGCAUCUCACUUAAAAAGGAGUACGAAAACCUGAAAGAAAGCAAGAAAUCAACAAAUGAAAUGUGUGAGAAGCUAAAAAGGGAACUGCUCUCUUCUAACAGCAAGUUGCAGAAAGCCACUAAAGAGACAAACAGGAUAAAGGAGGACAUGAAGGCACUUCAGAAUGACCUGUCCAACGCAGACAAAGAGAUCACUAGCCUGAAGAAGAAAGUGGAAAUUCUUCAGCGGACGUUAAGCACUCCAACUCGCACUAAUGAGGCCAUCAGCAGACUGGUGUUUGAAAGCCCUGCUCCUCUGGAGCUGAAGCCUCCUGGUCAUGGUCCGAUGACAGACUCUCAGGAAAUUGACCUGAAUUUGACCUUUGACAUCAACACACCUAAACAGGUGGAGAAGAAACCCGUUCAGGCCCUGUCUAAGAAGAUUCGUCUGGACCCUUCGGCACCCUUAUCCGACAACAUGGAAAAUGCACACGGACGUAGUAAUGGUCGUGUUAAAGAAGAUGAUGUCAUGGGGCCCAUGUUAAGGAACUCGCUGCUCUUCAGAAAGAACGCCUUUGGGAGCAUGCUGGACCCAUGCAAAUUUGGCACUGUAAGAUCCGGCUAUGAUGGACUUGGAGGAAGAGCGAAAUUUAUCCAACCUUCUCCUCUAUCUGAGAUUCGACCCCUCGCCAUGAAGUCCAAGAGGAAGAAGGUUUCCAGGCCCGUUACAAGCAAGCCCACCUCCAGCCUGACCACUCUGGAUGGUUUCUUGGAAUAAAACAUCUAACAUUUGAUGCCUGCCAAAAAAAUGCAAUAUGGGAAGCAACUAUUUACAGCAAAUUCAAUAAGAGAAGUGGUUCUAUUUGGCCAUCGCUGAGACCGGUUUUACUGUGCAUCUGACCAGUUUCAGGGGGAUUUUCAUCUGCAGUGACCUGGUGAUAAACAGAGAACACUUGAUGCCACUUGCUUUCGGAAAUUUUUAGUAGAGACUGAAAAUGAAGAAGUCCAGUGCUAAACUGUGUUUGUGGAAACCUCAGUGGCCACUCUGAGGUCAUAUGUAUGUUUAUCUGUGUUUGUUUUUAAUCUCUUCCUUGUACAGAUUGAAUCGUCCUACUGGGUAGUGGGAACCUCAUAUUACGCUGGAAUGAACUUGUCAUGAGAUAGAAAAGUUUUAUUUAUUACUUUGACCACUAUCAAAAUUUAACAGGGCUGCAUUUCUGUCGUUCAGUGUCUUUAGAUCAUAAUUUGUGUCCAUUUCCUCUAUUUGUUUUUUUCCCUUUGAUCUAUAGAAAUUUCUGUCUUUAUGUUCUUUGAGAUUUUCCUCUUGUCUCUGUAUAGAUGAGUAUAAUUUGAAACAAUAAACUAUAGUUUUUUAAAUAAUA